UCGGCUUGUUAUACAGAACAUCGUUAUCCGGUGCGCACGUUGUUUACAUUGUCAUUUUGGAAAUUAUUGUUGUGAAUUUGUCAAUUUCCUCGAGUUCGGAAAACGCCACGAAAUGCCUCUCAUCGCGGAACUGGCCGGGGACGAGAACAUGGACAAUUGCCGGACGUUUGUGUUCCAGAACGAGGGUCACACGCUGGGCAAUGCCCUGCGAUCCAUCAUCGUGCGCUACCCUGAUGUGGUGUUCGUCGGCUACACCAUCCCUCACCCGGCAGAGUCCACCAUGAACUUCCGGAUACAGACCACAAGAUCCGUCCGCGCAAUAGACGUCCUCCGGCGCGGACUGCAGGACCUGGAGAGGGUAUGUGAUACAACUCUGGACAAAUUCGACGAGGCCAUGCGGAGUAGACGGUAAUAAAGACAAUUUGUAUUCAUGCUA